AUGUGUAAUGUUGAAGUUAUGGUUGAGCAGCCCCAAUGUGCUUCAGUUUAUGAAGAACCUGCAUUGAUUAGUGAGCAGCCUCCUACUAGAAUCGACAUUGCUCAUUCAAUUAGAGAUCAAAGUAAGCCAUCUGGAAAGUCAGGAUCAGACACAUUUACUGUUAAAGGAUUCAAUUGUUGGAAGAAAGUUAAUGACGGGGAACGAUGUGCUUUUUUGACUCAUAUGGAAAAAGGUCCAAAUUCAGCUCAUAGAUUUGCUACCAGGGGUCAAGGGUACGAUGGUGCUAGUAAUAUGCGUUGGGAGUGGAAUGGAUUGCAAGCUUUAUUCAUUAAUGAUUGCCCUUAUGCAUAUUAUGUACACUGUUUAGCUCAUCAAUUACAAUUGGCUCUUAUUGUUGCAGCUAGAGAAAUAUCUGAUGUUCACACUUUCUUUCAGAAUUUGAUUUUUGUUGUUAACAUUGUUAGUGUUUCUUGCAAGCGUAAUGAUGAAUUACGAGCUUUUCAAGCAGCUACAAUUGAACAUUUAGUUGAUAUUGGUGAGAUUGAAACGGGUAAAGGAGUUAAUCAAAAUGUUAUGGGAAUUACUUAUGUGCUUUGUCAAGCUUUGCAACAGAAAUCUCAAGACAUUUUAAAUGUUAUGCAUUUGGUGACUACCACAAAGACUUUAAUUCAGAAGUUAAGGGAUGAUGAUUGGGAAACUCUUUUAGAAGAAGUGACAUCAUUUUGUAAGCAUCAAGACAUUGAAGUUCCUGAUAUGGAUGCUUGUUUUUCUAGUGUAAGACGAUCUCGCCGUAAAACAAAAUCAAUAACAGUUGAGCAUUACUACCGAGUUGAUAUAUUUACAGCUAUCAUUGAUCAACAAUUGCAAGAGCUAAAUACUAGAUUCAAUGAGCAGACAAUCGAGCUUCUUAAGUUGAGCACAACUUUAGAUCCUAAAAAUAAUUAUAAAUUAUUAUGUGUUGAAGAUAUAUGCUUACUUGUUGACAAGUUCUAUCCUGAAGACUUUUCUGACCAAGAAAAAACUCAUUUGAGAUUUCAGUUGCAGCAUUAUAAGCUUGAUGUACCCAAUCAUCUGAAGUUAAAGAAUGUCAUCGAUUGCUGA